GUGCUGCGUGGAAGGGAGAAGGCUUGCGUUGCAGCAGGACGCUCCUUAGCCGCCCGAAAUCCGUUGUAAUCAGUACGCUCACGGGUCUCGGUGAGUGCGGAGAGGUUGCUGCUGAGCACUGGAAGCUACCGAAAGGUGAAGGUCCACGCCUGGUUCGGAUUAAAAGGCUAUGUGAUUAAGGUUUUGCAGAUCCCAGACCGAAAGUGAGAGUGAGACGAUAACAUGACAAGUACAAGUCGGGUUCCCGUUAUGGCGGUGUGUCUGUUGGUGCACACCCUGGCCAGCUUGGCCGCGUUCGGCUCGGCCCGCAGCGAGGAGAAGGUUGGAGGUCACGAGGUAAUAGUGGCAGUGCCCCGAAGUGCGUUUCUGGAGCGUCUUCACAUAUCAACACGACCUCAUUCCAAGCCUUUGCAGACCAAACAACCCGAUGCGAAUCAUAAGCGGCGUAAAGAGUCCCAGAAAGAUAAUCUGAUAACAGAGGAAAGGAAUUCAGAAUCUUCAAAAAUCCAUAGAGAGGAAGAUAUAGUGCAAGAACUAGCAAACUUGCAAGCAAUUUUGACGAGUCAAGUUGAGAAGGACAGAAACGACUUGAGCAGCGGUUUCGGCGUGCCCUUGCCUAUUCCCGAGAUGAAGGAGGAAUAUACACGCCGCUCCUUCCUCAACCUGGUGCCACUCUACCUCCCGGACGCGCAGAGGGCCAACGCCGAGUGCCGUAGAGACUUGUUGGCACUCUAUCGGAGUUUAAUCGUCCUGGAGGAAUUGGUCAAGAACGGGACUCUGUGGCCUUUACAAAUGGUUGACUCGUGGGGGAAGUUCGCAGACGGGAUGCUGGUCGGCAACCUAAAUCUCAUGGGUUUCUUCAGGGAGUGUGUGCACAUCUCCGUAACACAGGACGAUGCUGACUUCAAGGGACAGUACUGCUUCCUCUCCUACGGAGCUUCCAAGAACACCAGCAACGUAACGGACGAGGGGACAGGACCUCCGCAUGCCGAUGCUGUCCACGAUGCUGCAUCCGUCCAACCCCACCACCUAUGCCACCUGUAUGCCGUCCACCUGCACGCGAGACGAACUCAAGGACACGGUGAAUGAAGCCUUGGCCCCUGCGGGGUACGAGCUGAACUUGGUACAGUGUCAGGUGGAACAAUCUCAGCGUGUCUUCUCGGCAGAC